AUGCACAAACCAUGCAAACAAAUCAACUGCAGACAACACGACCAACAACAACAACAACAACAACAACAACAACCCACCAGCCACAAACAAUAUCAUCAAGAGUGGAUGGCUGUGUGGAACAAUUAUCAUUGUGAUUACAUGGACUUUACCGACCAGCAAUUGUCGCAGUGCUUUCAAACUCUCAAGAUUGCUUCUAUUGACACUAGGGGGGCAUCCAUUUCUGGCUUUAUGAAGAAAUACUUUUUGACACGGCUGGCCAAUGUGACAAUGUAUUCCCCAGCACAAAAUAAUAAUGAUCCCGAAGCCAAGUACGUUUGGGUCAAGACAUUGCACUGGCCACAUCUCUUGUGGCAUCAAAGCAUGGACGCAUGGGAAGCAACGUUGCAAAAAGAAAAGCGAAAAGCCCAUGAAAUCGUGUUUUGGAUCACUCCCUUUUUCAUCAGUAGUGAACGGGAAACCUACUUGCAUCUAGGACGGGCCAUGCAGUUCAUGGAUGUUGCAGAACAAGUCUUGACGCCCAAGAGGAUAUCAAAUGAUCAAUCUUUUUGAUCCUUCAGCAGCAUUCACGGUACGUACAUGUAGAAUUAGAGUAGAGUGAAACGGAAGUUUCGCCGAGCAACCUACCGUACCGUACUGACACUUAGCCUACUGUCUUCUGCCCCCUCUCUUCAGUACGACACUGCAGGGCAACAGGACGGGCUUCAUAUUAUUGGGCCACCAAUGAAAUUGGCUGUGACCAAGGUGUUCCAUCAUUUGUGCUCCAAGGUUGUCGAGGGGACUCGAAUCUAGCUUGGCGGUUUUUUCUGGGACGGGUCAUUCGAGGUCUGACUGGCAAAAGGGGGCCACUAAUAAUCCACCCGCCAACGCCCUCGUAGCUCUGGUACACUUUCUACUGUCGAAAGUUCUCAACGGUCGAAAUCCCCGUC